CCAAUUCAUUUGUCCGACUUCCCGAGCAGGAGGAAAUGGGAUUUCCAGGAAGGAAUUGAACGCACCACACCAGUCGGAACACUCCAGCGGUGGUAAUCGGACAAGAUGCAGACUAUAAAGUGUGUGGUAGUGGGUGACGGUGCUGUGGGGAAAACCUGCCUGCUCAUCUCCUACACAACCAACAAGUUUCCCUCUGAAUAUGUACCAACCGUCUUUGAUAACUAUGCUGUGACAGUGAUGAUCGGAGGGGAGCCGUACACCCUUGGACUGUUUGACACUGCAGGUCAGGAGGACUAUGAUAGACUGCGACCCCUUAGCUACCCUCAAACAGACGUCUUCCUCGUCUGUUUCUCAGUCGUAUCGCCUUCCUCCUUUGAAAACGUCAGAGAGAAGUGGGUCCCUGAGAUUUCUCACCACUGCCCGCGGACGCCCUUCCUGCUGGUUGGAACUCAGGUGGAUUUAAGAGAUGACAGCAACACAAUGGAGAAGCUGGCCAAGAACAAACAACGACCUAUGAGCUCUGAAAGCGGGGAGAAACUGGCGCGAGAGCUCAGAGCUGUCAAAUAUGUGGAGUGCUCAGCUCUGACGCAGAGAGGGUUGAAGAAUGUGUUUGAUGAGGCCAUCCUGGCAGCCCUGGAGCCCCCAGACAUCAAACCCAAAAAGCGCUGCCUUCUCCUAUAGAAACCUUCCGGAAGAUGUGGAAGACGAGAAGCAGAAGAAGAUGGAGGUGGACGAGGAAGAGAUCAAUCCUGUAUGGGAACAGAGGGAGGGAGCACCAAGGGGAGGGGUGUAGACACAUGUUUAAACAGUGCCUUCAGCCGUAGUGACCUAAUAUGGGUGUGGUGUUAAAGCUGACAGGCGCUUUAUUUUCCUAGUAGAUAAGUCGCUCUAACAUGGUAAACAUUUAUGAACUACACUCCACACUAACAAGUAAACAGGAUUUUCUUUUGUUAAUGGGAUGUGAUGAACUGCAAGGCAUGGAUGGAGACAAGUUUACAGCUGAAAUUGAAAACCAGUUCCUCAUUUGGAGAAAUAUUUUAGCAAUAAGGCACUGACUGUCUGCAGGAAAUUAAAGAACUAUAUUAUUAGUGUUUAAACACCUUCCUUUUUAUGUGCUAGCUUUACUUCUCUGUACAUCAAGUUUUAUAUGCAUUCAUUUUUUUUUCUGUCAUAGAUCUUUUCUAGCACCAAAAAUGCAUUUUGAAUCCUUAUAUUUAUUCAAAAUAGCAUCCUAAAAGGUUAGUAGAAUCACAAUAAGUGCUUUGCUUAUGCCACUGUAAUUCAAGGUAGUUUUUGGAGCAACUUAAGGCAUUUCUAAUAUUAAAAUAUUUGCAUCUACAAUUAUGUCUAAGUGAGUUAAAAAAAAAAACAAUCUAAUAUGUUUUCAAACAUAAAAUAUGUUUGGAAAUGUUCAGUUUUCAAACACAUUUUAUGUUCACCAAAUUUGGUCUUAAAAUAUUCUAUGGCACUUAAGAAUUUAAAACUGAAUAAUAAAUAAUUUACUUUUUAUUCGUACAAAAAAAGAAACUGAAAACCUUGCCCUCAAUCUGAACAAGUUAUCUGGAGUAAUGUAAGAACAUGAUGAGCAGGAUCUGCAGGAUUGUCCACACAGCAACAAAGAAAAGUUGGUAUUUGACCAAUGUGAAACAAACAUGCAUUUGAGACUUCAAAGGUUCUGUGACAUCUUGAAUCGAAGACUCCGAUCAAACUCAUAUUUACUUUUAAGGCUUCAAUUUUUAAUGAUUGAGGUUGUUUUUAGUUUUUAACAAACGUGCAAAGAGCAAAGGGUAUGUAUUCUUAGAGAAAAAAGCUUUUUUUAAAACAUAGAAUAUGUUUCAUUGUUAAAUAAAAGUUGUGCCUUUCUGCUUUUGCACUCCAUGAAAGUGAUUAAAACUUUGCUUGAAUACAUUUUAGAUUAUUGGAGGUUUAAAGUGCUCAACAUGUUUGAUAGUCUUAUUGCCUUGACCCAGUCAAACUCCUAAUAGUUGGUUGCUGUAAUCUAAUGAUGGAUAUUAUGAUUUAUAUAUAUACACAUAUAUAUAUAAAUACUUUUUAUUUUUAAGCUGUUUGGUGAGCCAUAUUGUUCAGAAAUUUUGCAGCUUUAUUUUAUCGAUCUCAAACAGUUAACACAAAACCACGCAAUGUUUUCUAUUUUGUUCUUCUGGAAAGAUCUCUCUAGUUUUUAGCACGCCUGAAAAAGGACUGCUGUGGUUCAAAUGUUCCUUUGCUGUUUCUUCUGCCAAAGUUUGACUAAGUCAUUGCUUCACAGAUUCCAGGAUGUUGAUCUAGAUAUUAACAUAAUUAGUAGGAAUUAUCAUUUGAAUUUUUCAUAGUUUAUUUUGUUGCUGUUACGCUGCUUUCUUAGCCCAACUUCUUUGAACAAAAUGAAAACUAAAGCUUGUUUUGUUAGCAGAGCUUCACAUUUUUACUCAGCAGUUGUGCUUAUUCAAAACUUGUUCCUCUGGGGACUAGAUUUUGUUAAGCAUUGAAUGGGAUAAAUGGUGAUGUAUAUUAAUUUAUGGAGUUUCAGUGCUCUCUAGCACUGACUGUCCUGAGCCCAGAAAACACUUUUAAUCCCUCAGAUGACUGUAUUUUCUAAUGACAUGAACACAAAAUUCUUUUUUUAAGCCAAUCUGUUGAUGUUGACAUUUUGAUCAGAUAUUAAAUGAAUUAUUAUGAGUAUUAUAUAGAUAGUUUUGCUUCAUAUUGUUUCUUUGGGGACAGUAGUCUUGCUGGGUUUUAGACACUUUAAAUUUUGAUUUCCUCUUUGUGCUUUUUAGAUAUUUUUACUACUACUUGAUGAACACACUGAGUGCCAACAGUUAAGGUAUCACCGGCUUAGUUUGGCAAACAAAAAGAUCUUUAAUAAGCUUCUGAUGUCAAAAACGAAAGAUAUUUUAAAACAAUACUUGGAGAUUGAAUAAUAUUUGUCAUGCAUUAAAUUUGAAUGUUUGUUGGAAUGGGUGUAUGGAAAUAAUAAAAAUAGUACUUGAAUGUUU